AAUUAUCCAUAAUCGAUGCUCAAACCAGAGUGUUGGGAUUCAUCUGUGAAAAUCACUACAUGCAACGUAGGAGACAAGGAAAAUAUUAAUGACGGCAGAACUGCGAACAUGAUGCAUGUGAAUACCUUCCCUUUCAGAAGGCAUUCCUGGAUAUGUUUCGAUGUGGACAAUGGCACAUCAGCGGGACGGAGUCCCUUGGAUCCCAUGACCAGCCCAGGGUCUGGGCUAAUUCUCCAAGCAAACUUUGUCCACAGUCAACGCCGGGAGUCCUUCCUGUAUCGAUCUGACAGUGAUUAUGACCUCUCUCCAAAGUCUAUGUCCAGGAACUCCUCGAUUGCCAGUGAUAUACAUGGAGAUGACUUGAUUGUAACUCCGUUUGCUCAGGUCUUGGCCAGUCUUCGAACUGUACGAAACAACUUUGCUGCAUUAACUAAUUUGCAAGAUCGAGCACCCAGCAAAAGAUCACCCAUGUGCAACCAACCAUCCAUCAACAAAGCCACCAUCACAGAGGAGGCCUACCAGAAACUGGCCAGCGAGACCCUGGAGGAGCUGGACUGGUGUCUGGACCAGCUAGAGACUCUGCAGACCAGGCACUCCGUCAGUGAGAUGGCCUCCAACAAGUUCAAAAGGAUGCUGAAUCGGGAGCUCACGCACCUCUCUGAAAUGAGUCGGUCCGGCAAUCAGGUGUCGGAGUACAUAUCGAACACAUUCUUAGAUAAGCAACAUGAAGUGGAGAUCCCCUCUCCAACUCAGAAGGAAAAGGAGAAGAAGAAAAGGCCGAUGUCACAGAUCAGUGGGGUCAAGAAGUUGAUGCAUAGCUCCAGCCUGACUAAUUCAUGUAUCCCAAGGUUCGGGGUUAAAACAGAGCAGGAAGAUGUCCUGGCCAAGGAACUAGAAGAUGUGAACAAGUGGGGCCUCCACGUUUUCCGAAUAGCAGAGCUCUCUGGUAACCGGCCUCUGACUGUUAUCAUGCACACCAUUUUUCAGGAACGAGAUUUGUUAAAAACGUUUAAAAUCCCAGUAGACACCUUGAUUACGUAUCUUAUGACUCUGGAAGACCAUUACCAUGCUGACGUGGCGUACCACAACAACAUCCACGCUGCAGAUGUCGUCCAGUCCACCCACGUGCUGCUCUCUACCCCCGCUCUGGAGGCUGUGUUCACAGACUUGGAGAUUCUUGCGGCCAUUUUUGCCAGUGCAAUACACGAUGUGGAUCAUCCUGGUGUGUCAAAUCAAUUUCUCAUCAAUACAAACUCGGAGCUUGCCUUGAUGUACAACGACUCCUCCGUCUUAGAGAACCAUCACUUGGCCGUGGGGUUUAAGUUGCUACAGGAAGAAAACUGUGACAUUUUCCAAAACCUGACCAAAAAGCAAAGACAAUCUUUAAGGAAAAUGGUCAUUGACAUUGUACUUGCGACGGACAUGUCAAAGCACAUGAAUCUGCUGGCUGAUCUGAAAACGAUGGUGGAAACUAAGAAGGUGACAAGCUCUGGCGUCCUUCUCCUCGAUAACUAUUCCGACAGGAUCCAGGUCCUUCAGAACAUGGUGCACUGUGCGGACCUAAGCAACCCCACGAAGCCACUCCAGCUGUACCGCCAGUGGACGGACCGGAUAAUGGAGGAGUUCUUCCGUCAGGGGGACCGGGAGCGGGAGCGAGGCAUGGAGAUAAGUCCCAUGUGUGACAAGCACAACGCCUCUGUGGAAAAAUCACAGGUGGGCUUCAUAGACUAUAUUGUUCAUCCACUCUGGGAAACAUGGGCAGAUCUCGUGCAUCCUGAUGCCCAGGACAUUUUGGACACUUUGGAGGACAAUCGUGAGUGGUACCAGAGCACAAUUCCCCAGAGCCCCUCCCCCGCACCUGAUGAUCAAGAGGAGGGCCGCCAGGGACAGACUGAAAAAUUCCAGUUUGAACUAACCUUAGAGGAAGACUGCGAGUCAGACACUGAAAAGGACAGUGGAAGUCAGGUGGAGGAAGACACUAGCUGCAGUGACUCUAAAACUCUGUGCACCCAAGACUCGGAGUCCACUGAAAUCCCCCUUGACGAGCAGGUUGAAGAGGAGCCUGAAGCAGAAGAGGCAGGCCAGCCCGAAACUUGCGUCGCAGAUGAUUGCUGUCCAGACACGUAACAAUACAAAGGCUGUCACACUUUUUCUUUCUUUUUUUUUUUUAAGUAGAAAAAAAAAAUGUUUCCAAAGUGCAUGUCACAUGCCACAACCAUGGUCACACCUCACUGUCAUCUGCCAGGACAUUUGUUGAACAAAACUGACCUUUGAACUACUCAGUCUGGCGCUCAGGAAUAUUGUAACCAGUUCUUUCACCAACCCCCACCCCCAUGUCAUCGGAGAAGGGAGAUGUCUUCACGGACGCGAUGGUGACGUGACGUCAGCUUGGUAGCGCUGACAAAAGCAGGUGAAAUCAACUCCAACCAUUUCCAAGGGAGCGUGGUUCAUCCAGCUGCCCAGACGUAGAUCGGAUUGCAGGGUUCCUCUCUGGUUUGUUUGCAAAAAAAAUAAAAAAUUUAAAAAAAAUGUUAAGAAGAAAGAAGGCAUUUGAGGAUGCGUGUGAACUCACAGAUGAAGCAACGGAAGCGUCACAAACAGGACACUGCUCGGAUAUAUCCCCAGGAGGAGGAGGAGCCACAGAAAUUGCAUAAUUUUCUAAUUUCAAGUCUUCCUGAUACGUGACUGAACAGUGUGGUUCAGUGGGCCACACUAACCUCUACAUUUUGUAUGAUAUGUAAAACAGAUUUUUUGUAGAGCUUACUUUUAUUAUUAAAUGUAUUGAGGUAUUAUAUUUAAAACAAAACAAACAAAACUCUGUUCAGAACUUCAUCUGCCACUGGUUAUUUUUCUUUUCUAAGAAGUAACUUGCAAGUUUUCAGUACAGAUCAGUACUACACUGGAGAAAUCUCAUUUAUGAAUUUUACUCGCACCUUAGAGUUCAUAGCAAUUAACUGAUUUGUAGUGAUUCAUUGUUUUAUAUACCAAUGACUUCCGUACUCUAAAACAGAGAAACAAAUUUAUGUUGCUGGAAACCCUUUUUGUAAGUGUCCAUUGACGUCUCCUUUUCUCUCACUCCUCCGCCAGCAGGAGAGUUGCUCUCCUACACGUUGCUUCCCUCACUGUGUGCAAAGUGAGUAUUUAUUCUGUAAUAUGUCAAUGUGCAUUACGUCCAGUGUGUCUUAAACCUCAUAGGAGCUCAGUCAUCAGCUGCUGUUGUCUGAAGUAAAUGGGAGAUAUAUAAAUACCCAGUAGCUAAAGCAGUCCGUCUUUACCAGGCAUUUUCCUACCCACUGCCUUCUGGUGACUUCCUCUUUCUUUCUUUCUUUCUUUCUUUCUUUCUUUCUUUCUUUCUUUCUUUCUUUCUUUCUUUCUUUCUUUCUUUCUUUCUUUUUCUCUCUCUCUUUCUCUCUCUCUUUCUCUCUUUCUCUCUUUCUUUCGUCAGGAGACAUGCAUUCACAAAUGCUUGUCCUUGUAGUCACCCGUACAUUUCACGAUCAUUUUGUUGUUGUUCACAGCAAGUUCCAGGAAGAGAAACAUUUUCCCGUCAUGCUACUUGAUUCAAUGUCUGUGCCAGCCUCCUCCCGUGUUCAGUAGGCGGGGGGGUCUAUUACUACCAUUAUGGCUGAGAAAAAAGAAACCGGUUGUCAGGUUAGGGUUGAAGUUGAAUUCUCCUGCGUGGUUCUGUCUUCUCUAGCUUUUCAUCUGAGGUUGCAGGGGAAAAGCAUGCUAAGUGCUACACAGGCAAUGCUUAAGAAUGUCAGCUGACUCUGUCAACAAAUACCAGGACAGCUGUUGUUUGAACUGCCUGUGAAAGCAAGACCUCCGCGAGGAGCAGCCCUGGGAAGUGGCUCUGAAUGUUGCAGCUGCUCUGUCCUAAUGGAUAGCCCGGUGACAUGUAGACAUUGCUAUUGAUUAUUAUUGCUCUGUCAGCUGUCCCAUAGGAAAGACUGCUGCAGACAUGCUAAAGGGGAGGUCAUGAUGUCACCUGCUCUAGAAGGGUAGUCACACAAUGGAAUCUAAAACAGUGCGUUAGAACAUUAAGAGAGAAUUCCACAUUUUAGCUUCAGGAACUCUGUUGACUGAAUAUAUUAGUUCCCAGGGUUAACUUGCUGAUAAUAAUCAGCCUGGUGCAGCAGGUGUCUAGCCUAGACCUUAGUUGUAUCCUCAGUGUAAGGUUUGGAGCCAUGUUAUUUUUCUUUUUGGACCCCAAAUGGGGACUAAAAGGGAGGGUAGUAUACAGCCAAAUGGAAAAGGAAACAUAUAAGAAAAGUCAUAAGUCUGAAGGAAAAAAAAAAGUGAAUAAAGCUCAAGGAAAUUGGGGACUAGUGACUGAGAAAACAAAUCAUCAGCCAGGAAAUCACCCAAGCUGCAUUGAAUCCAAAUGAUGCUUAGAGCUUUUGCUGUAGCAGUGUUUCUGAUCUUUGACAUAGGGCAAGAUAAAAAACAAGUAACUGAUCAUGGGAGGGCCAGCCACCUUUCCUCAUAAAGAGCACAUGGCACAGUCAGCCUUUGCGUGACCAGAGAUUUCACAGAACGUUGGGGGCACCUGUUUCUCUUUUUCAUUUUGCGGAUCCCUGAGGGAGGGCUAUAAGGAAAGGCCAAGAAGGAAUCUCGAGUUUAUCCCCCUCUCCAAGUCAUUCUCACUUUCUUCCCUCCCUACGUGUGGCAUUUCCCUGACAGUGCCUGUAGUCUUCAUAAUACAAUAAGUUAAUAAAUAAAUAAGCAAUAUGUCAUAAACAGAUCCAUACUGCAAGCGUGUACAACUACAGUAACGGAGCUUUCAUUUUGUAGUGUGUUGGUUUGUAAUGGCACUGUGCUGUCGAGGUAUGCACUGAUGGACAGUCAAGCUGGAGAGGACACAUAAUAUCCAAGAGUUAGGGACUAAUAUACUACUCAACCAUCUGCUUACCACCUUGCCCCUUUACCAUGCCACGCCCCUUUGCCACGCCACGCCCCUUUGCCACGCCACGCCCCUUUGCCACGCCACGCCCAUUUACCAUGCCACGCCCCUUUACCAUGCCCUGCCCCGGCUCACUCAUCAAAGUGUGCUUCGCAAUACACGCUGCAUUAAAAAGAACAUCUUUAUACAAGUAGCUUUACAUUUCCUAAAACACCAUAAGAAAAAUGCAAUAUCUGGGUACUGUAUUGGGGGGUGCCGGGGAAGAAGUCUAAGAUUUGCAUAAAACCAGUACAUUUCAGCUUGCAAGUUACUGAACACUGUUUCCAUUACGUUUUUCAUUCACAUCAGUUAAAAGUCACAAGUACACAGUGUAGAUAGAACAAAUCACAGAUAAGGAGAGAAAAAUAAAUAAACUUGAAUGAAACAGAUUUUACAGAAAGCUUUAUGAUAAUUUUUAAUGCAUUAUUUAUUUUUUUGUGCCAUGCAUUUUUUUCCUCACCAAAUGACCUUACCUGUAAUACAGUCUUGUUUGUCUGUUUACAACUGUGUAUUUAUUGCAAUGUACAUACUGUAAUGUUAAUUGUAAAUUAUCGGUUCUUAUUAAAACAUCAUCCCAUGCCGGGAUGGUGUUGACAUAUUUGGAAACUCUUGGUGAGAGAAAGAAUGGUGUGUAUACAUACUCCUUGUACAUUUUUCUUUUUCUUCUGUAAUAUAGUCUCGUCAUCAUAGAGCUUGUUUAUGGAAAAUUCAAGAAAAAUAUAAAAUACAUAAAUAUAUAUAAAUUUAAAUAACAUAGCUGCAGGUCUUUGGUCCCAGGGCUGUGCCUUAACUGUAACCAAUACUUUCUUCUGUUUUGCUGCAUUUCAAAGUUAGGAGAUAGUGAGGCUCGGUCUGGGCGUUUUGGAGCCAUGCUCCUCUCUGAUUGGAUUACAAAACUGUAGAUCACUGCUGGAGAAACUUCUGACCCUUGUGAGAUAAAAGCUCUUAAGUACUUGUUGCUAAGGAGCAAGAUGGCGCCGAUGGUGCAUGUUUGCCGGCUGAGUACCGGGAACUACUUCACCUGGACACACGGGAUUGGCUUUCUUACUCCCAAAUCUCAUGCCAAGGAAGCUUUCUUCUCUAGGGAUUGUAGAAUGGCCUUCUGGCUUCUAGCCCUCACAGGAAGAUGAAUUUGAUUUGAAAUGGGAGCCCUAGUCCACUAAUCCCAUCAGUCCUGUGUUCACCACCUUCCUGCCAGGCCAAGACAUUACACUAUCUUUAAUACUAUGUUUUCUCCAAGAUUAACCAAAUUUAUAUAUGUAUAAUACAUAGUACAUAUGUAUAAUACAUAUACAAACAUACGAGUGUAGAGAUAUGUACAUGUAAAUCAUCUACUUAAACAGUUAUAUGAUGAUACCAAUUCGUAUAAAAUAAAGAAUCCCUGUCUCUCUAAAAUUGUUUGUGUGUGUCCACGUGGAAUUGUUAAGCAUAGCCUUGUACAAUGGCCGGCCCUGAAAGCUACGAGAGCUUCCUGGUGGAAAAGGUGGCCACCUCCCACUACAGCCCAGCCCUUAGAAUAUGUGACAUAGAAAAAAAGAAAUUCUUUCUUUCCUAGGAAAAACAAAAACCGAGCCUCCUAUUAUUUCAUUUUAGUUUUGACACAAACUGUAGAUUUUAGCAGCCCUGGCCCAAAGGAAUUUGAUUACUUUUGUUUUAAACAGUACAAAUGGGACACUAUACUCCGAAAAUACAUCCUUUACUGAUUUCAGUUUUUUAAUUGUUUUAUUUCUUUGGGUAUGUUUUCAGAGUGGUGACUUGUGUGUGAGCAUCGCAGAUGAUGAGUCUGUUAGUGGUUUCUUAGCCUCUCUUACAGCCCAUGGGGAUAGCAAUGUACAUCAAUAACUUCAUAUAAAAUUUUUAUAUGCCAUGAAAAUAAAAGCAUGGGUUGAUUCUGCCUA